CUUUGAUAUUGUUGCCAAGCAGCAAACAUGUCGUUCUCUGGCCGCCGCGUGAGCAUUUUGCGCCCUUCCAACAGGCGAUUCUCCCUAGGCAAGGAGUUGUCGGAGAAUGAACUCCGAUCGGAAACCCAUCGUCAAUUUCGAAGCGCUCACGAAGGUCACCGUCCUCACGCCGGCCUCGAUGCCUCGCGUGCCUCGACAGCUGAAUGGGCGAAUCUGGGCCAAGGUGCCCCCGAAGCCGAUGAUGAGAUCGAAGGCAGUUUCCCCCGCCCGACGAGUAUUCCUAUCACCUCUGCUGCUCGUGAGUACGGCCCCACGGCCGGUAUCAAGCCCCUCCGUGCUGCUGUCGCUCGGCUGUACAAUGAGCAUUACCGCCAGGGCAAAGAGAGCCAGUACACUUGGGAAAAUGUCUGCAUUGUGCCCGGUGGACGUGCGGGUUUGAUUCGAAUCGCAGCCAUUCUGGGCAAUUCGUACCUUUCCUUCCCCAUUCCCGACUACUCUGCGUACUCGGAGAUGUUGAGUUUGUUCAAGAAUAUCGCGCCUAUUCCCAUUCCCCUUUCCCAGAGCGACCAUUAUCAUAUCUCCCCCGACAAGAUCGCCGAGGAAAUUGCCCGUGGUACCCAGGUCCUCUUAACCUCGAACCCCCGUAACCCGACCGGACAUUUUGUCUCCAGCGAGGAGCUGGCACAGAUCCAAGACAUCUGCAGGGAUCGCGCGACGCUGAUUUUGGAUGAAUUCUAUGGAGGCUACAACUACACCACCGACUGUGAUGGCACGACUCUCAGUGGUGCUACGAAUGUGGAGGAUGUCAACCAAGACGAUGUGUUGCUCAUCGACGGUCUCACCAAGCGUUUCCGCUUGCCUGGUUGGCGUAUCGCCUGGAUUGUCGGCCCCAAGGAAUUCGUUGAUGCCCUGGGCUCCGCUGGUUCCUACCUGGAUGGAGGUGCCAACGUGCCGUUCCAGGAAGCUGCCAUCCCCAUGCUUGAGCCGUCCCUUGUACGCGCAGAGAUGAAGGCUCUUCAGCAUCAUUUCCGUGAAAAGAGAGACUUCGUUGUGAAGCGUUUGAACGAGAUCGGAUUCCGUAUCAAGGAUAUUCCUCAGGCCACCUUCUACAUUUGGCUUGAUCUGACUGCCUUGGACCCCCCUCUUCCCGCAGAGGCUAACAUCUCCGACGGUCUGAACUUCUUCAACGCCCUUCUGACCGAGAAGGUUAUUGUGGUGCCUGGUAUUUUCUUCGACCUGAACCCUGCCAAGAGACGAGACCUGUUCGACAGCCCUUGCCAUCACUUCGUCCGUCUGAGUUACGGACCUAAGAUGGAUGUACUGAAGAAGGGUCUGGACGGCAUUGAAAGGGUUAUCCGCCGGGCUCGUGGAGAGGCCCUCAAAGCGCAAUGGGACGACGAGACGGUCGAGGCAGCGACGAGCUCGGGCUGCGAUGCGCAAUAUGAUGCGCUCGAUAUUAUGGCCUGGAAUAUCUAUCGCAUCCUCAACUACACUACUUUUAUCGUUCUCUCUGUCGUCCUCUUCUGUCUUAUAGUGCUGACCCCAGCCGACGCGAUCUACCAGUGCUACGUAACCUCGCGACUCACGAAUAUCUUUAUCAUUAGCGGUGGCUACAUCGUGACUUUUAUAUUAGCGGCACUGAUAUACGCAACGCGGAUCUAUACCAAUCGCAGCGCCUUGGCAGGAAUCCCCAAAGCAUGGAUCCCAAUAGAGAAAGAAGAUGUCGGAAAGAGUGUGAGACGGCUAGUGGUUGAAGGGCUUGCUCGCAGCGCGAUUGUUGCUUAUCAAGCUAGGCCAAGGGACACAGCUGCAGAUGGCGAUACCUUCGCCGACUACCCCAUGCUCUUGAUAGACCGCGACCGCCCCCCGUGGGGCCUUGUAGAACACCCCGGAUGGUCUUCUCCUGCAUCCCCCGAUCUGCCCGACCUGCCGUACCGAACGGUCAUCCAAGAACUCCCGAACCUGAUCGAGGCUAAAGCGGUCUCUCUUGCUCCCCCCGACCCCUUUUUGACAGCGACCCGCUCGUUUGACCCCUCGUCCCCCGGCGCGGAACAAUCAAUCCCGGACACGCGAGUGGUAGGCAUCUUACGGCGACCGGCGUCGAUGGGUGUGAGGGAAUAUUUGCACCACCUUACUAGUCUGGACGUCAUCAAACCGCCCGAGAUUGGGGCUGAAUUCAUCGCACUAUACGAACGCGCGCGCUUCUCGCCGCACGAGCUUCACGAGACGGAGUUUCGGGAUCUGAUGCAUAUAUUUGCUGAGUUGCUUAGGGGGAUGAAGUCGCUUGAUACGCACAUUAUGGACGAUAUUUACGCCGAAAGCUCUCACGGCGAGAGCGAGUCCAUCAUUGGACCUUCGGACGAGGAAGGAGAGACUGACACGAUGGACUUCCGCGAUGAUAGCGAGGCGUUGUCGCGAGGCCGGAGCAACAGUUUGCAACCUUCUAAUGCAUCGACGUGGGAACGCCGCUCCACCUACACUACUACAUCGGAAAGGAUUCCGUGCUUGGCGUCGGUGAUUGAUAAGAUCUGCUUUUCCAAAAUGGCAACUGUGUCACUCCCAACUGUGUAUUUUUUUCUUCCACCCUUCCCCUCCUUUCCCCAUAUCCUCCCCCCACACAAUGCAGGCUCUCUGGCGACGCGGCACAUCUCUCUUCUCAACUCCGUCGGGGUCGCCCAAAGACUCCGGGGCAGCGGAAGACUUCCGAACAGCUCCAAGCCCCGACACGCUAUUCACGAGGUCGACCCCGCCGUUGACGGAGAAGAAUGUCUCCACGACUGCGCUUCAUGUACCGUUCGGUACCCGGCGAAGUUCGACGUGGACCAGGAAGAUACAUUGUACGGGAACGUCAAUGGAUGGUCGACACACCUGCUCGUCGCGACCGGGAAAACAGACUGGGUACGAGAUGUCGCGGACGAAGAAGGCAGUGUGAUGGAAGCGAUUGAGAAGGGGGGGCUGGAGCCCAGUAACGGGAAAUUGAAGCUGUCGGCCUCCAACAUGCCCGUGCCGGACGAAUACCACCACCACGACUCGGGAAAACAGCCGACAACCGUCCUGCUCCUACCAAGCUUCACUAUUGUUGACCAUGUCACGCCGGCCCUGGCCUCUGACCUGAUCAAAUAUAUUGUCAAUCCCGCGCCCACCACCACGACGCCCUUGGGGGCUCUCCCGGAGCCGGUAUCCGCACCCACAUCAGACGACCAACCACAACAGCCACCACCCAUCGCAGACCUCCUAUCGCAGACGCCCCUCCGAUCGCGUCCCUGUCCCCACGCCGCGGUGAUCCUUCUCUGUUCCCAGCGCACACGGGACGCCCGCUGCGGCCAGUCUGCGCCGCUUCUCCGUAAGGAAUUCGAACGCCACUUGCGCCCGCUGGGAUUGUACCGCGAUCUCGAUGACGAGCGACCCGGUGGCGUCGGCAUCUACUUCAUCAGCCACGUUGGGGGUCACAAGUAUUCUGCGAAUGUGAUUGUGUACCGCCGUCGCGAUUUGGAGUGGUACCGCAAACAGGACGGCAAAGAGGAGACAUCGGCGGAGGGAGAGGAAGGUGCGGCGCAGGGUAUCUGGCUGGCGCGCGUUCGUCCAGAGGACUGUGAGAAUAUCGUCCGGUACACAGUGUUGAAGGGGAAGGUGGUAAAACCGGAACAGAUUAGGGGAGGCUUUGAUCGGGAACGGGGCGUGAUGAGUUGGUAG